AUUAGGCACUUGGCCGGUCGUGGCCAGUCCCUUUCCCGUUUUUAAGGCCUUCGUCGCAAGAGUACCUUGUUCACCGUUCGUUCUUCUGCCAUGACGCCCCCCCCUUCUUACCAAUUUCCGGCUGCCCCAAUGUCUGGUAUCGCAUCUGGUGUCCCACCCACAGGAGAAGCACGCCAGACUGUUCCGCAGCGACACCAGCAAUACUAUACGACGAUGUCCCCCCCUUCUCACCUACUGAUGACUGCCUCGAUCCCUAGUAUCGGUGGGUCCCAUCCAUUUAUAUUUGCAUCUUCUCAUUGUCCUUCUACAGGACAAGCAUACCAGACUAUUCAGCAACCAACCGAGCAACACUAUACCACAGCGCCUCCCACCGCCGUCAACAUGGUCUCUCGCUUAGCGCGACAGAGCUCGACGAUACCCCUCGAUAAUCAGCCCGCAGCACCUGGAUAUCCAGAUUAUCACUAUUACUCGAAUACAAUGUCAAGCCUUGAAUCACGUCACUUUGGUCAGACUGAUUUUUCUGGAUUGUCGACACCAGCCAACCACUGGGAGAGGAGCUUCGCCCCCCCGAGCAGGACGCCCAUCACGACCUCAUCGAAUGACAAUGCCGCAACGAGCUCGUUUGGCUUCGCCGCUGGUCCGUCGAGCCACGUCGCCAACAUGUCCGUCGACGCCGCCAUUAAUUCGAGUGAUGCAUCGAAUGGCAGUGAGGCAGCCUCAGCAGCCUAUUUCUCCACACACAAAAACCAUACCCAGUCGAAUGAUGCCAUGAUUGACAAUACGACACGACCACGAUUUCCAACGACCACAUGCAUACCUUCCAACGAUUUUAUUCCAUUGAUGCCUAGUAACGCACCUGGUCCACAAACCACUUAUACGCAUCCUCCGGCAACUAACAUGAACAAAUUCACGGUUUAUGGCCCCCCUUUCCAUAACCCCCCAAGCCUUCAUAGUGCCCAGUACCACACCACGGUAAUAGGGAACAAUCUCCCCCCAUCCAGCUUACCGACAAUGCCUUAUUUAGCGCAACAUGUCCCGCCCAACACAGGUUUUGCGCCCCCCGGCUCCUACCUUAAAUCAUCCCAUGAUUUUGGGACGCAGCAUAAUUCGCAACCAGCUGGUCCUCCAUAUCAGCCAGCCCCGUUCAUGGUACCUUCGCCACCCAUCUACCCACGACCAGAUCCGCCUCACCGUAAUUCACUCUCUCGCCCGAGUUCCGGGCGUCGCCGUAAACCUCAUACUCAGGAAACCCAACCCUCGCCACUUUUUUGCGACUGGCUUAAUGAAGACAAUAAGCCCUGCGGAUUUGCAGGGUUGCCGGAUGAUCUAAAUGAGCAUUUCACGAGCAGUCAUUUAUUAUCAGGGGCUCAAAAUGCGUUGGGUAGAUGCCGUUGGCGAGGUUGCCAGUAUCGUAAACGCACAGAUCCAAACGUCCAUGACAUGCGGCGCGACAGCAUGUCGCGCCAUGUUCGGGAGAAACAUCUAAAGAUAAAGAGACGUAUGUGAUCUUCUUUUUGUGUUCGUCUUCUGCUUUUUUUUCCCUUAUCCCCUUUAUUUCCCCUUGGGUACUGCCGGCAGGGCUCAUAUUGCAUAGAAGUUCGUAUGUUGUCACACUUGCUAGCAUCGCUAUCGUCCCAUUCUUUCUGUUGUCAUGUAAUGAAUCGAGUACAGUC